AUGGGCAGACUAUCGAACAAAGUAGCCAUAGUCACUGGCGCAGCCUCGGGCUUUGGCAAAGGUAUCGCUCAGAAAUUCACUGAGGAAGGCGCAACAGUAGUCAUCUGCGAUCUUUCCGAGGAGGCUGCAAAGGCUGCGGCAGAGGAACUGUCCUGCGACGUCGCUAUUGCAAACGUUACUUUGCGCGAGGACUGGGAACGAGUGCUCCAACAAGCGUUGGAUAAACAUGGGCAAGUUGAUAUCGUCGUCAACAACGCCGGCGCGACGUAUGCCAACAAACCGACGGUCGACGUUGUCGACAAAGACUUCGACCUGGUCAUGAACGUCAAUGUCAAGUCGAUUUACCUUUCAGCCAGUGUUAUCGUGCCGUAUUUUCUAAAGGAGAAACGACCGGGCUGUUUUAUUCAGAUCUCAAGCACAGCGGCGCUGCGCCCAAGACCAGGCUUGACAUGGUACAAUGCUUCCAAAGCCGCCGUUAACAUUGCCACCAAAACUAUGGCGGUUGAAUAUGGACCGAAGAAUAUUCGGUUCAAUACUGUUUGUCCCGUAGUGGGAAUUACUGGCAUGACGCAUCUAUUCCUUGGAAAGCCAGAUACUGAAGAAAACCGGGCCGCGUUCGUGUCAACCAUCCCCAUCGGCCGACCAUCACAACCAGCCGACAUCGCCAACGCAUGUUGUUAUCUGGCAAGCGAAGAGGCCAAUUUCAUUACGGGAGUCAACCUAGAGGUAUUUUUGAUGUUUCUGCACCGUAUCCCCUUGCUAAUUGGCACGAACAGGUCGAUGGUGGUCGGUGUGUAUGAUAGUCGGUAG